CAAGAUCCGGGAUAGAAAAAUUGGAAAGUUGCAAUAUUUCUAAAUCUGUCAUUGACGCAUCUUUCAUAUUUACCACACAUAAAACAGAUCAUAAUGGCAGAAGCACCAGAAGAAAUAUCACCAGAGCAGACAGAAAAAAUAAUCCAAUUUCAGGACAUGACAGGAAUAGAAGAUCUAGAGAGAUGUCAACAGAUUUUACAACAGCAUGAGUGGAAUAUUGAGACUGCUGUGCAGGACACGUUUAAUGAACAAGAGGGAGUUCCUUCAGUUUAUAGUCAACCUCCUCCUGAGCCUCGAACACCACCAGUUAACACUCAACCUUCAGACCAAAGGGUAUUUACAGUAGCAAGUAGAAGACCACAAGGAAUAUUUCAAUGGACAUAUUUUAUAAUGGCGUUUCCGUUUAGAUUUGUUUACACAACUUUUACAGAUAUUUUAACAUUUAUUUGGGGUUUAUUUAGACAAGAUCCAAGGAGAAAUGUAGUAGACCCAGUUGGGGAUGUGGUUAGAUUUAUACAGACAUAUAAUGAUUUAUAUGGACAGGACCAUCCAGUAUUUUACCAGGGAUCAUACAGUCAGGCUUUAAAUGAUGCCAAGAGUGAGCUACGAUUUUUGUUGGUAUAUCUCCAUGGUGAUAACCAUCAGGAUACACCAGAUUUUUGCAGAAAUACAUUAGGGAAUAAUGAUGUGAUAGAUUUUAUAAAUAGCAGUAUGUUAUUUUGGUCAUGUAAUACUAACAGUCCUGAAGGAUACAGGGUGUCUCGGGCAUUAAGAGAGAAUACAUAUCCAUUUUUAGCUUUAAUAGUUUUACGUCAAAAUAAAAUGACAGUUGUAGCUAGAAUAGAAGGUCCUAUUGGUCCAGCAGAAUUAACACAGCGAUUAGAGAGACUUAUGAACGAGAAUGAAACUAGUCUUGUAGCAGCAAGGGCAGAUAGAGAAGAACGUAAUUUCAACCAAACUUUAAGACAACAACAAGAUGAAGCCUAUUUAGAAUCAUUGAAAGCUGACCAAGAAAAGGCCAGAAAAAGACAGGAAGAAGAAGAGGAAGUUAGGCAGAUAGAGCAACAAAAGGAAGAAGAAGAAUUAGAGAGACUAAGAUUAAUACAGGAAAAAGAAAAUAGAAAAGUAGUAUUAAAGAAUGAAAUACCUGCAGAGCCAAAUUCUACUGACCCAGAUACCGUAAAAAUUGUAUUAAAACUUCCCCAUGGAGCUAGAGUAGAGAGACGAUUUUUAAAAUCUCAGUCUUUAAAGGAUUUAUAUCACUUCGCUUUCUGUCAUGAAGACUGUCCUGAUGACUUUCAUAUAGUUACAAACUUCCCACGACGGACUCUACCAUGUGAACCUAAAGACGGUGAACCCGAACCUCCAACUUUUGCUGAAGCAGGACUUGGAAAAAACGAAAUGUUAUUUGUGCAAGAUAACGAGGCAUAAAUUCCCAAAAUAGAUUGAAAUCGAAUUUGUUAUGUUGAAGUGCGAAAGGAUUUGCAGAAAUUGGAAGAAGUGCAUUUAUAUAAGUUAUUUGAGUAAUCUUGACAAGGUUCGAAUUACAAAAAAGGAAUUUUUGUGUUACAUGUUGAAAGAAUAUAUUCUGUUUGAAUCAGGUUUGAGUUUGGAAGCAGCCAUGUGUAAAUUGCCUAAAGCUUAGCGAAACGAAUUAGGGAAUUGAACAUUUGGUAGUUAUGCAUAUUUAUAAUGUAAAUAUAUUCUUCAAUAAGGGCUAUUCUGAAAAAUGUAAAAGGGGAAUUUAAUAUUUAAAAGAAAUCAAAAGUACUUCCUUUUUUUAAAAUUUUUGUAUAUCAAUCACCCAUAUGUCAUGUAUGUUUAUUAUUUAGAAUAAAUGUUGCAAAUUGGUUACAAAAUACAAAAUUAAAUUAAACCCUGUUCUAUUCUGUACAAGUAUGAUCCUUUGUUUUUAUAUCUCAGAAAACUCCUACUUGGGACAACCACUAAAUAUGAAAGGUAAAUCAUAAGAAUGGUAUUUUUUUAUCCUUUAGAUUUAGUAGUUGUACCCUUAAAGUUUUCUUUAUUUUUGCAGACUUUCAAACCCCAUUGAACGUUUUUCUUCAAAAUCUGUUGCUAUGAACAAUUUAUAAAUAUCAGUUUGCUAGAUUUUUUGUUAAGAUUUUGGAAAUAUCUUACCAAAUAAAUUAAUAAUGAAUUUCAUAUUUUAAGUAAUUCUUUUUUACACUUUUUUGGUAGCAUAUUAAUUUUGUUGUUUUCUGUUAGAAGUACAUUUUUUGCAUGAAAGUAAGUCCAUGCUUAAUAAUGUUAUAAUAAAUCAGCAUUUCAGUUCAAAAUACACCUUUAUUUGUUUUUAAUGCACAAUUGUGGAAAUGAAUAUGCAUUCAAAGUAAAAAAAAUCGAUUAUUUUUGUUUUAAAGUAAUAAUUAUAGAUAAAUAAUAAACUAAUGAGAAAUA